UCAAUCGUGAAGCCAAUUGACUGUUGCAGGCUCGGUAUGUGGCGCAUGAGUAUGCGUUUCGGGAUGUAACGGCUGUCUUCUCGGAGUAGCGAUACUGAAUUAAAACACACACACACACACACACAUAUAUAUAUAUAUAUACACACACAGACACACACCCGGGGGGGGGGACUCACAAGAAAGAAAACCCCGAGGAGAGCAGGCACGAACCAGAAGGAGUUUACGACAGCACGGAGUGGAGGGAGACACGGGAGCGUGGCAGGAGGGACGCUCGAGCCAAUCCAACCGACACCGCACGCAGAAAUGGCGGAGCACCACGCAGCCAGCGACGGCAAGCACAAAGCGUCCGCUAAUGCCGGGGGCUCUGUGCACGGGAACAGCCGACCCGGCGCCGCGGGUGGAGGAGGAGGAGGAGGAGGGGGUAAAGGAGGCCUGUCUGGCGGACUGACACAGCCAGCUGGGUGGCAGUCUUUGCUCUCCUUUAGCAUUCUCUUUCUGGCCUGUCUGGCGGGAUUCAGCUCCAGACUUUUCGCGGUGAUCCGGUUCGAGAGCAUCAUCCACGAGUUUGAUCCAUGGUUCAACUACAGAUCAACGCACCACCUCACCACAAAUGGCUUCUUCGAGUUCCUCAACUGGUUUGAUGAAAGGGCCUGGUAUCCCCUGGGCAGGAUCGUUGGUGGCACAGUAUACCCAGGGUUAAUGGUGACUGCCGGCCUCAUCCACUACGUGCUCAACCUGCUCCACAUUACAGUCCACAUCCGUGACGUGUGUGUCUUUCUUGCACCGGUGUUCAGCGGUCUGACCGCCAUCUCCACCUUCCUGUUGACACGGGAGCUGUGGAACCAAGGUGCAGGGCUGCUGGCAGCCUGCUUCAUUGCCAUUGUCCCUGGCUAUAUCUCCCGCUCUGUCGCAGGCUCUUUUGACAAUGAGGGCAUCGCCAUCUUUGCCCUGCAAUUCACCUACUACCUCUGGGUGAAAUCGGUGAAGACGGGCUCCGUAUUCUGGACCAUUGGCUGUUGUCUCUCCUAUUUCUACAUGGUGUCAGCAUGGGGAGGUUAUGUGUUUAUUAUCAACCUGAUUCCUCUGCAUGUGUUUGUGCUGCUGCUGAUGCAACGCUACAGCAGAAGAGUCUACAUCGCUUACAGCACUUUCUACAUUGUGGGUCUCAUACUGUCGAUGCAGAUCCCUUUUGUCGGCUUCCAGCCAAUCAGGACCAGCGAGCACAUGGCUGCUGCUGGUGUGUUUGCACUGCUCCAAGCCUACGCCUUCCUGCAGUACCUGAAAGACAGGCUGACCAGACAAGAGUUCCAGACGCUGUUCUUCCUCGGGGUCUCUCUUGCUGCCGGCGUGGUCUUCCUCACCGUAAUUUAUCUCACAUACACAGGAUAUAUUGCUCCGUGGAGUGGUCGUUUCUACUCUCUCUGGGACACCGGCUAUGCUAAGAUCCACAUCCCAAUCAUAGCGUCGGUGUCAGAGCACCAGCCGACGACGUGGGUCUCUUUCUUCUUCGACCUCCACAUCCUGGUCUGCACAUUCCCAGCAGGCCUCUGGUUCUGUAUAAAGAACAUCAACGAUGAACGAGUGUUUGUGGCCCUGUACGCCAUCAGUGCGGUCUAUUUUGCGGGUGUGAUGGUGCGACUGAUGCUGACACUGACCCCGGUGGUGUGCAUGCUCUCUGCGGUGGCUUUCUCCAGUGUCUUUGAGCAUUACAUGGGAGAUGACACAAAGAGGGAGAAGCCCCCUGCUGAAGACAGCAGUGACGAGGACGACAAGAGGAACUCUGGGAACCUUUAUGACAAGGCUGGCAAGGUGCGCAAGCAUGUGUCAGAGCAGGAGAAAGCCGAGGAGGGUUUGGGUCCAAACGUCAAGUCCAUCGUUACCAUGCUAAUGCUGAUGCUGUUGAUGAUGUUUGCUGUCCACUGCACCUGGGUCACCAGCAACGCCUACUCUAGUCCCAGCGUGGUGCUCGCCUCGUACAACCACGACGGGACGCGUAACAUCCUGGAUGACUUCAGGGAGGCCUACUACUGGUUGAGACAGAAUACGGACGAGCAUGCACGCGUCAUGUCGUGGUGGGACUACGGCUAUCAAAUAGCUGGCAUGGCCAACAGGACGACACUAGUAGAUAAUAACACAUGGAACAACAGUCAUAUAGCACUGGUUGGGAAAGCCAUGUCGUCCAACGAGAGUGCAGCCUACCAAAUCAUGAGGUCACUGGACGUGGACUACGUUCUGAUCAUAUUCGGCGGUGUAAUCGGCUACUCGGGAGACGAUAUAAACAAGUUCCUGUGGAUGGUGAGGAUAGCGGAGGGAGAGCACCCAAAGGACAUCAGGGAGAGUGACUACUUCACCCCUCAGGGAGAGUUCAGAGUGGACAAGGCUGGUUCACCAACUCUGCUCAACUGCCUCAUGUACAAGAUGUCUUAUUAUCGAUUUGGUGAAAUGCAGCUGGACUUCCGGACGCCUCCUGGCUUCGACCGAACACGCAACGCCGAGAUCGGCAACAAGGAUAUUAAGUUCAAGCACCUGGAAGAGGCCUUUACCUCAGAGCACUGGUUGGUUAGGAUCUACAAGGUCAAGAAUCUGGACAACAGAGAACCGCUGGACCACAAGCUUCGCAGUGUAGUCCCCAAGCAGAAGUACACCUCCAAAAAGACCGCCAAGAGGAAGCGAGGACACAUCAAGAACAAGCUUGUCUUGAGGAAAGGCAAGAAACUGCAAAAAAAAUAAUGAUGAUGAUGACAAACUCUUCUAGGAAAACAAACAAAUGCGAAGAAACCUCGAACAACCAUUGAAGAAGAACACAGGGGCCGUUUAUCUUGCACUUGGUCUCAAGCGCUUCUCAUUAGAGCUCCCCCGUGUGUUGAGGAAGUUGAAGUGUCAUAUCUGGCUAGCUCCAGAACUGUUGUCCGUUUUAUCCUGAGGAUCUUUGUCUUGCUUAUUUUCUCCUGUUUUUUUUUUCUUUGUGGGGGGGGGGCGUUUCUGUUUUGUUUAUUUUUUACUUGAAUGUGUGGCAAGGCAUAGGGCUGCUCUACUUGGUUCGGCGUCGAUUAAUUUCUUUGUGGUACGUUAAUUAACUGCUUAUCAGUACGGGGAUUGGGGUGAGGGAGUAAGUGGAGGGGGGAAACAAGAGAAGACUAGGAACAUUUGCACCAAAGACCCAUCGACCUUGCUCCAUGGCACAUGUGAACUCUUACUGGGAAUGAGGAAGCGCAGGAGUGAAAGCUGAGGACUUGUUCCUGACACGUGUACAGAGGGCAGUAUGCGGUAUGGAGGAACGUCACUGUCUAGGCACAGCCCAUCUGUAAUAUUAACCUUUUUCUCAUCAUCAUCUCAUUUAUGUCUGCCUGGCUCCCCGACCUUCUUUUUCAACAAAUUCUUUAGAAAAAAAAAAAAAUUGGCCUAAUAUGUAAAUAUGUUAUGUAAAGAAAAUGUCUAAAAGGAUGAUAAUAUAUUGGAUUAUUGUGGUGAUUUUUAAAUAUGCAGUUUUUGUUUUUCCUCUUAAUUUCUUUAUGUGAUUGUUUUUUGUAUGACAGCAAAUAGAACAGUGAAUGCAAUAAUUCUUGUACAGAGGGGCUUGAGGUUUUGUUGAAAGAGUGAAUGUGAAUUUUUACAACAUUCCCCCCCCAGACCCCCUUUUUCAUAAAUUGCGUAGAUUGUACAUUUCUGCUGCUAGGGUUUUAAAGACGAGAGCAGGCAACUGUGUGUAAAAAGUAGUGAUAAUAAAUUAGGCCUCCCUUCCUGCAGAGGGAGCUCUCUAGGUCAGUGUGCCUAGUGCCUCGCUGGUCAUCAUCGCCUCAUUAAUUUGUGACUGUCUUUACUUUUGUUAGUGUUUUGGUUUAGCUCAUCAUCUAUCAAUGCAGCAGGUUGGGUGCUUGGACCAGACUGAGGCAUUGGAAACUGGACAUUUUCAGGAUGUUUGGAAAUAGAUUGGUGAACUGUGAAAGGGGGGGGGGGUAGUUAUUCCAAGACAACUGAGGUCAGGAAAGAGAAGAACUUCCAUCACUGUCUGUAACUACGAUGGACUAACGACCAUCUUUAGGGUACUUUAGAGCUGUGUCCAAUUUCCACACUACAUAUAAUUCCAAAAAGUUAUCGACUAGUUAAUUUGCAGUGUAGAAUUAACUGCUAUCCUCCAAUAUGUCAGUAAGCAAUAGUGCUGCAACUAAGUGUUAUUCAUUUAUGGGUUGUUUUGUCUGUAAAAUGUCAGAAAAUAACAGUUACCCUGGGCUCAAGUGGGAGUGAUCUUGUUUUGUCCAACCAAAAGUCCAAAACCCCCCAAUAUUCACUUUUUUAAUGAUAUAAAAAAAACUUGAGUAGCUGUAACAGGCAGCUUUUUGUUUGUUUUUUUCCUUUAAAAACUGACUAAUUGUUUCACCACUAAUGUAAUUUGUUCGUACUGUAGAAUUGAGAGCUAUUCUAAAUUAUGUCCGUAAGCAUUUUGGCUGCAACUGCAACAAAUUAUUUCAUCCGUUAGCGCAGUUGCUUGUCUAAAAAGUAUUGCAAAUUAAAUUAAAAUGUCAAAUCUGUUUCCCAGAGCCAAGUUGACUUCUUUAAAUGUCUCGUCAUAUGGCCAGAAUCCCCAAAUAUUCUAUUUACAUAGAUUUCAAACAGUGAAAAGAAGCAAGUCCAAAGACUGAUAAAACCGUUUCCAAUUAAAGGAGCAUUCCACUCAUUAUGUUCUGUAAAGUUGGUCGACUUGCAAAAAACAGAUUUGUUUUCUUUUAGUGAGGUCAAAAUCAAAGGAACAGAAGCUGAGAUAUUUCCUAAUCUACUUUUAGUCCAUAGUAUGAGUCAAGAUCCAGUAUUUACCAUGAUAUCUAAUUAUUUUAACUCUAAUAAGAAAACUAAGAUUAGAUCAGUUCUUGAGCAUGGAUCUUUGCUGAAUCUGCCUCAGGAUAAAACCUUAUGAAGAUACGCUAUGUACUUAUUAUAGUAUUCUUUUAUUGGUAUAUAACAAUAAUGCGAAUGGACAGUUUUGUUAUUGAUUUUUUUUUAUUAAUUAUUUGGUCCAUAAAAUGUCACUAACAGGUAAAAAUGCCCAGUCAAAGUCCGAGGUGACAUAUUAUCUGAUAUUUAGUUUAAUGUAGAAGACAAAACAAAUGCAAUAUUCAUAUUUGCGAAGACGCACCCAAUGAAAUUGAGCCAUUUCUGCUUUAUAAAAUUACUUUUAAUCAAAUAUUUAAAUAGUUAGUCAAUUUUCUGCUAAUUGAAUAAUUAAUUUGUUACCGAAUGGUUUCAGUUCUGUCGACUUCGGACACAGCUCUAAUGAGCCGUAACCUUUGACUUGUUAUUCUAUAGGCACUGCACUGUUCUUUGUGUGUCUGGGUUCUUCAGAUGUCUAAACACUAAAGGAGUUCAUGUUUGUGCACGCUUCAGUAACUUUUUUAUCAAAUAAGACACAUCAAAAGACUAAUGCAUCAUAUAGCUGUUCUUGUUUUGUCACAUCUCACAGAAAGUAACUCUUAUUAGUAUCACCUGAUUAUUGUUUUUUUCUUUACUCUUUUUUUUUAUAUAAAAGUGUCUGAAUCGCUUUGUUCUCUUUGCUUUGAUCUCUGAAACUAAGUGUCACCAUUUCAGGCUUCAGACCUUCGACACAAUGCCUAAAACCGUGUCAUGUCCUUUGAUUUCUCAUUUGUUAAGAGAGGAGAGAGUUCCGACUAAGCCUUAAUGUGAUGUACAGUUUUUUGCCCUCUUAUGUUUUCAUUUUUCUUUUUCACAUUUUUUGUCACUUCGGAGUGGCGGAACAGUUCCUUCCUCUACUAAGUUUACUCAUUUCUUAGCUCAGUGGCGUCUGUCCCCAACACCGUUUGUUUGAUGAAAUCCCUCCCUCAACUUCAGAGUUUACAUUUUUCAUUGUUCUUCUGUUCAGCCAUCUUUAAAUAUACACUUUAAUGAAAA